AUGGGUAAAAGAUCACGCAAUGGACGAGGUGGUGGUCGUGGCAAUAAGAAGUCACGUCCUGAUGGAAAAGCAGAGGAUUGGCGUGCUGACAAAUUUGCCGACUGGGUCUAUGAGAAUGAGAACUUUGACGUGUACUACAAAGCGCAAAACAUCGUGGCAGAUUCCGACUGGACGGCGUUUAAGAAAGCGCUGGCGACACCACUUCCUACGACUUUUCGUAUCAAUAGUUCCUGUCCAUUUGCUGAUUGUAUUCGGGACCAUAUUGAGCAGGAUUUCAAAUUUGAUGGUCUUGUGGUCGAUGAUGAGCCUGUGGAGCCUAUUAGCCUGAUGCCUUGGUACCCUGAUAACCGUGGAUUUACGUGGUCAGUUGAACGUCGUCGGGUACGCAAAUUGCCGAUCUUGAAGGAGUUUCAGUCUUGGCUCGUUGAGCUCUCGGACAGUGGCAGUAUCACUCGUCAGGAGGCGGUGAGUAUGAUCCCUCCUCUUGUACUAGGCGUAGAGCCACAUCACAAAGUCUUGGACAUGUGCGCUGCCCCUGGCUCCAAGACGUCGCAGCUGCUGGAGUCGUUGCACUCACAGGAGCUUGUGACGGGCAAGACCCCUACUGGUGUUGUGGUAGCCAACGACGUGGACCUCAAGCGUGCGUAUAUGCUGGUGCAUCAGUCUAAACGCAUUAACUCGCCUGCGCUGCUUGUCACGUGCCAUGAAGCUCAAAACAUUCCGUUCCUUGGAAAGGAUGGAACAGAAAGUGAAGGGGUUUUCGACCGUAUUUUGUGCGAUGCACCUUGUAGUGGUGACGGCACUUUGCGCAAGAAUCCGCUUAUCUGGAAAAGCUGGAGCGCCAAGAAUGGCAUUGCUCUACACCCGCUGCAGCUGCAAAUUGCUAAGCGCGGUGCGUCGCUGCUGAAGGUUGGAGGCAACAUGUGCUACUCGACGUGUACGUUCAACCCGCUUGAAAACGAAGCUGUGGUGGCUGACUUGUUGCGAUGGAGCAAAGGCUCGCUUGAACUUGUGGAUGUGACAAACACUUUGCCGCUGCUAAAACGCCGUCCAGGUAUCAGCACCUGGAAGGUGCUGGACUCGAAACUGAAGGAUCACACGUCCUACGAAACCUAUGUUGAAGAAAACAAGAAAGACAAGAUUAAAGAUAAAAUCUGUGCUACGAUGUUCCCGCCUACGGAGAAGGAGGCUGCGGAUCUUCACCUGGAGCGCUGUAUGCGUUGCCUGCCUCAGGAUGAAAACACUGGCGGGUUCUUCAUCUGCUUAAUCAAAAAGGUAGCACCAACUCCUCACGAUAAGAAGGAACGCGCGUUAGAAAAGGCUGAGAAAACUACCAGCACAUCAGAAGAGAAGAUUGAAGAGGCCAAGGUGACCGUGAAGACUGCAGAAAUUAAGGUGGACGACGAGGCAGCUCUGAUGAACGAUGCUGCAGCUAGCGGCAUCAAGGUUGAGGCACAGACGCAAAUGUCAGCGUGUGAUGAAGUACAGCUGCGGAGAAAAGACCGUCGUGAUGAUCGCCGCAACAAGAAGAGCGAGGUUUAUGUGGCCUUCGGUGUUGACAACUGGACCAAUGUGCGUGAGUGUUACGGCGUAUCUCCUGACUUCCCGGCAGAACAGCUGAUAACACGUUCGCAAGAUGCAAAGUCUGUUACGUUUGUGACUGAAAGCAUCACGAUGGCUUUGCUGGAGGAGAUGAAGCGCAAAAAGCUGAAGGUUGUGUUUGCCGGGCUCAAGAUGUUUGAGCGCAAUGAAACUACGGAGGGUGGUAAGGUAUACCGCGUGUGCCAAGCGGGUCUGCCGCACAUCCUGCCAUUCAUGAGUAAACGCAAGGUGAAUGUAUCUACGCAAGAUUUCCAGAUGAUGCUGGAUCGGCUUGGAGAUUUGCUAGAUUUCGAUGAGUUUGAGCCAUCCGCCCGACAAUAUUUCGAAAAUGCUCCGAUUGGUAGUGUUGUGUGCAUGCUUGACCGCCCGGGCCAGUCCAACAUUGAGUCAAAGGUGAUGAUUUUGGUCGCGUGGCGAGGUCGUAACUCGGUGAAUGUAAUGGCUGCCAAGGCAGAUGUGGCCGUUUUACUGGGAACGAUGAAGGAAAUGAAGACCUAUAAGCUAUCUGUGCAGGAAGCUGUGCUGGAAGCUAAAAAAGUUAAGGAUGAGGAGCGUGCUGCACGUGACGAGAAAAAACAGGAGAAAGAAGUCUGCGAAGACAGGGAAGGUUAA